GUUCACAAAGAUGUCUUCAAGCCAAAGGACAAGGACAAGUACUACUAUUACCCUGUUAACGGACAACACACCGUGGCUGUUGUGAAGGAGUUGGAGGGUUAGCCAAUAUUCGUAUUGUGGAAGAUGCACUCGUGGCCGGCGAGAGUGGUGUGGUUCUCCGACCGAGAUUUCGCGGGCUAUAGGCUGGUCAGUCUCAACGAGAACACGAGACACAAGAGGUCCAAGCAGCGAUCGCAGAAGGCCGCGUUCUUGGACAUGCGGGAGGCAUGGGAGAAAGAAGGAAGGUCGAUGGCCAUUCAAGGGAACCCUUCCGGCAAGGAGGCCGAAAAACAAAAGUUUAUCGAUUUCCAAACGCUGAUUUUGGCAAAGAGUCCGAACGAAGCUCACUGGUCGUUGGCGGAAAAAGAUUUGCCGCUCGCCGACACGGAGUAUUUCGCUGCCGUUGGCAAUGCAUUGAGGCAGUGGAUGCCGCUCGUGACGGCCGGUGAUGACAUUUUCCGGAAAGCCAUGGAGUUCUACGCGAAAUGGGCGGAGGGGAAGUUGUUGGGUGGCGACGACAAGACGCCAUUGUCGAGGCCGGGCAAAUACAUGCUAGACAAAUCUCCAGGUCUGCAAGCAAUGCCGGAAAUGGGCUCGAAAGGGGCGGCUGGUGAAACGAAGAUGGGGUGGCUUGUCCGGGUACCUCCUCCUCCUACCAAAAAGAAAACGCAAGCGGACGACAAGUUUUUCGUGGUCAUGAAGGAGCCAGACAUGUUCUGUUGGCAGUGUCUCGCCGACAUGACCGAUGUCGAGAAACUGUCGAUCCUUGACGACAUUCUCGUGCUAAGGGGAGUGUUCGUGCAAUCCGCGGGCGGCCAUCUAAAGCGUCAGCAUAAACCUGGAAUUAAAGACAUGGUCGCGACGAGGAAAGUGGACCGUGUGAUGCUCCGUACGUUCCACUACAUCUUGUUCCUUGAAACCGAGGAGAACAAACGUGUUUGGCACCACGGGAGCCCAUUUUUUCGGACCGAGGGUAAGCUUCAGGAGGAGUUCGGGCCGCAGGGCCUCACGAAACAGGUGUGGGUCGAAAUGCGAAAGCAUUUCCAGGGCGCGGUGGAGUACGUGAACACUUGCAAACGUACUCUUCCGCACGAGGAGUCCAUCGACGACGAGAAGAGAUUGUACGAUGAUGACAGAUUCCCUAAAUCUUCCGAAAAGUCUGUCCGUUCCAUCUUGCGACGGACGGAAGAAGAAGUUCGAGACACGAUCAGGGUCAGCAGGGAUGUGAGGCACAUCAAAUGGCCGGACCUCAACCAGGUGACCAGCCUUAUUCCUUUCGCUUUCCUGGCUUCCCAAGCUCACAGUCAUGUCACUGCGAUCCAUGAGGUUGUGCGACAUUACGUGUGCAACCUGUACGUCCUCGAUUUGUGUGAUGCCACACUUCUCACAGACUGGCGAGAAGACGAUUUCGCCAACUUGCAAGGCCUUCUACAAACACUUUCGCCAACGCACUGGGCACUUGUGAUCUUUUUCCCCUCUCGUUGGGAGCUCAGUUUCUUGAAAGGCAAGGCCAGGCUUAGCGUCCAUCACGUCAGGACAGGGAAGUGGGUAUGUAAUGCACAAAAGCAUGCCAAUGUCGGGGAAGACAGUAUGCUGGUUGAGGAGUGUGACCGCGUGUACGUGAUUUUUAAUGGCGAGAAGCUGGAAGACAACACAUUCGCAGUCUACUCGGCCAGUAGCCUGACAAAGGCUUCCCGUGCUCAUGGUCCAAGUCCGGCCAAACACAAGGUGAUGGGCUGCUUGAAAGCUGUCUGUUCGUCGGACCCAUUAGGACAGGUUGUGGCGUAUUUCGACGUGGCGGAAGAGGAAAGGUUCUCUCGUAGCAUGUGGGAGGACGGCGGCGUGACAAGUUCUCAAGGACCUGCUUACGGGGAGAUGAAGCAGAACCCAUCCCUUCUACUUGGUCUACUCGAAAACUUUUGCAAACCUGGUCAAACUGUUUUUUUCUUUGGGAAGGCGCAUGCGUAUGUCGUGUGGGAACUCCUGCGCACCGGUCGGAACGUCGCCGCGUUGGAGACGGAGGCGAAGAUGAUCGAUUACCUUCACGAGUUCGUGAAGGCACGCGUUGCAGACACUCGCAAUGCUUGCGAGUUUGUCCAGACCACCAGCGAACGAAACUGGGAUCCCAAACGAGACAUGUAUGGGAAAUUGCCGGGGAACAAAAGGACGGACGUUUGGGACUUCCUUUUCGGACCCAGACCGCCUGGUCCGACCGACCUCGAAUACAGUCGACGAAGAAACCUAGUGUUCGCUGUGCUCAAUGGGUACCACAGUGCACCCAGGGAGUCUGUCUCGCACUUCCUGAGAAGGCUGGAGCACGUUUACUUCACGUUGGCCGAACCUCUCACUCUCAAAAACUACAAGUCACAGUUUGACGAGGAGGACCCUUUCGACGCUAAAGACAUGGAGGAGCUGAGCAACUCCAAAACCUUCGAUUUCGAGUCCAUGCCACUUCCUCGGGUGGUUGGACAGGUUGGUGAUGAAGAGGAAGGUGGCCCUCGGAGAUAUAGCACGUCCCCGAACCAGUCGACGACCAAUCGUCUAAUGACGGGGAGGAAGAGAGAGACUAUGAUCACAAACCUUGUGACAGGGUCCCUGUGGACCAUUACACCUGGCAGAAUGACAGACUCUACUUCUUCGGCAAGCAUCACCGGUUCACGUCGGAGGAUGUCUGGGGACACAACGUGGUCUGGCACCCGAGGAUAUUCCAACCUGCUGUGAGGAAUGAAAUAUGGGUCAUGGCAAUAAAGGAGGCCGAUGGCAAGCGGAAUGGACUGAAGAGACUGGGAGCGGGUGCAUUUAUGAG